AUGAGCGGUACGAAGAAGCGAAAGGCAUCCGCCGCGAACCCUAGCCCGGCUAAGCGUGCGCACGGCAGGACCGACGACCUCAGCAGUCUCUGGAGGACGGACAUCGGCAGCGAUUCCCUCCCCGUCCUACCCACGCCAGCAACGAGCGCCCUGUCCACUGUCUUCUCCGCGACCACUCCGGCCGCGGGCGCAACAGUCCUCUCGUCUGCGCUCCUCGGACUUGGCCUCAGCUCGGGCCUCAGCGGCUUCACCGCGUCUCUCUUCGGUCUCCCCAUUUCUACGGCCCGCUCUGGGGACCUAUCCGGCGGCGAUGCGUCUGGUGUAGACGACUUCGACGGCGUAGACGGCAGCAUCGAGGAAGACAAGAACUACUUCAGCGACGCAGACGACGUGCCCGAUGUGCCCGCCGCCAACAACGGCAAAAGCAAGAGCUCGCGCGUCAGGUCCGCAUACACGAGGUUUCCGAUACUGGCCUGGGUGAAAGUUAGGGAGUUUUUCCUGCGCGAGGUCUUGCGCUUGGACGGACGCGGGGAUGCUUUGGACCUCAAAGCGUGCCCUCAAUGCGGGAAGGAGGGAGCACCCGAGUACCGCUGUCUGGAUUGCCGCUGCGCGGAGCUGUGUCGCGAGUGCACGGUUGCGUGCCAUAAGUACUGCCUGCUGCAUAACAUCCAGCGCUGGAAUGAACAGUUCUACGAAGGCGUGCAGCCGAAGGACCUCGGGCUUAGCAUUCAGCUCGGGCACCGCGCGGGCGAGACGUGCGACAUGAGGGCGCUGCACACAGUUGAGAAUUUUACGAUCGUGCACACGAAUGGCAUCAAGACGGUGCGCAUGCACUUCUGCAAGUGCAGCCAGUCAGGCCACGUUCCGGCGUACGCGCAGCUGCUACGAUGGCGCCUGUGGCCGGCUACUUCUAGAGAGCCAGAGUCUGCGACGUCUUUCGAGGCGCUCGACAUCUUCCAUCGGCUUUCGCUCUACGGCAAAUUGAACGGCUAUGACUUCGUCCGGGCACUGGAGGCGGCGACGGACGGGGCCGCAAUCAAAGGGGUCGUCGUGCGUAUCCUGCUUCCAGAGCCAGAAAGAAGAUGCCUAACUCGUGCGAAGGACGUUCGACAGCGCUUCAUGACGUGCAUCAGACAGUUCAGGCAUAUAUUUAUGUUUAAACGCGCAGGUCGCGGCCACGAGCCCGGCGGGAUUGCGGGCACACCGCCUGGGGCGUGCGCCGUCGUGUGCCCCGCGUGCCCCAAUGCAGACUACAACCUUCCCACCGAUUGGGCGACGCGGCCUUUUCAAGUUAUACUGUCCCUCGACGCUAACUUUCGCCUAUCAAACCGGCUUACGCGGUCCUCCAAUCAAACGGAUCCAAAUCUCACUGAAGGGAAGGCGUACAUGGUCGAGGAGAAGGACUAUGCGGCGCAUAUCAAGGCGACCGAAGGGUUGGAUGAAGCCAAGGCAAGCCUGCGCUCAUCAGCGCCGCCGCACCCCUCUGAUCCAUUCGCGCAGCCGAGCACCUGCUCUCGCUUCGGCGCCAUGGCUUUAGGAAACAGAAAGGGAGGCGCCAUAGCGCUGAGGACCACCGGCAUUGCUGGCUGCUCAUGCGCCCGCCACGAGCACAUUUGCCCGCAAGGGAUUGCUACGCUGCGCCGCGGGGAAAGGUCGGCUGCUGCAAACCGUUACGAGUCAUCCCUGACUCGUUGA